AUGAACUUCAACUCGGACUUGGUCUACUACGAGAAAAAUAUUCUCAUGCUUGACGAACUAAUUCACAAGCGCUUUGGAAAAUUCAAGCUAUGUCUGCAGGCAACUGGAAUCCCUCACCAGUACCGAAUCGAGACUUUUCGAAAUACUUACUCAUCAGCCACCAACAGAAUUCCUCAAGACCGUCUUGUGAGGUUCAAAGUUCACGGGGGAGAUUGGGACCUUCCAGACCCGAAACUUCUCGAGGUACACGCUUGCAUCGCAAAAUUUUUGCACAUGAAGAGCCAGGGGGAGGCUAUUGACGAGCUUAUUAGAGACUUUGAAGAAAUUGGCGGACUCGCACCAAAUGGCAGUACCAAUAUCGAAGAUCUGCUUGCAGCCAACAAUCUGUCACUGCUGUUCGUGGAAGGAAACAAAACAGCUAGUUCACUGGAAUACCCAAAGUCAGGUGUGGAGGAGAAGUACCAUAUUACCUAG